AACAAUAAAUUCAUAUUUUUCUAGGUUUUAUUGACAACGCAGACUGCGUGAUUCUCGCGCAUAGUUGCACACAUUGGUGAUGUCAUCACGCGAUGUUUCCAAUGCUAUGGCGUACCAGGAAGGGGAGACGCUAGAAUCCUGGCUCAAUAAAGCCACCCAUCCAACUAACAGACAGGAGGAUUGGGAGUACAUCAUCGGUUUCUGUGACCAGAUCAAUAAGGAAUUGGAAGGUCCCCAGAUAGCUGUCAGGUUGCUGGUUCACAAAAUCCAAUCGCCGCAAGAAUGGGAGGCGCUUCAGGCUUUAACAGUAUUAGAGGCAUGUAUGAAGAACUGCGGGAGAAGGUUUCAUAAUGAAAUCGGGAAAUAUCGGUUUCUGAACGAGCUGAUCAAAGUUGUUUCUCCCAAGUACAUGGGAGACAGAGUACCAGAGAAGGUAAAGACAAAGAUCAUUGAGAUGCUGUACAGCUGGACAGUGGCUUUCCCCAACGAGGCCAAAAUCAACGAAGCAUACCAGACACUAAGGAGACAGGGUCUUGUAACUAUGGACCCUGAGCUCCCAGUGGACAAGACUCUGAUUCCUUCACCCCCCACACGUCCCAAGAACCCUGUGUUUGACAAUGAGGACAUGGGCAAGCUACUAGCAGAGCUUCUGAGGAGCAAAAACCCAGAGGACCUGCAGGAAGCCAACAGGCUCAUCAAGAACAUGGUGAAGGAGGACGAUGUCAGGGUUCAGAAAGUGACCAAACGCAUCCACACCCUGGAAGAGGUGGGCAUCAACGUCAAGCUGCUGAGUGAGAUGCUGUCCCACUACGACAAGGACAGGUCCUCCCAGUCAGACAGAGAGAUCAUCAAGGAACUAUACGACCGCUGCGACAAGUUGAGACGCGCUGCUUUCAAAAUGGCCACAGAGAGAGACACAAGUUUAGGUGACAUCCUGCAGGCCAGCGAUGACCUCUCACGGGUCAUCAACUCCUACAAGAAGAUUGUCAAGGGACAGACGGUGAAUGGAGACAUCGAGGAUCCUAGAUCUGCAGCUGGUGAAGAGACCACAGGGAACAGUGACAACACAGAGACCUUGAUUGACCUGGCUGGCAUUGACGUUCCAAACUCCACCUCUCCUCCGCCUGCCCCUCUCCCGUUGGUCUCCGAUCACACUUCAGCCAAUCACCUGGGGUUCCCAAUCCCUGUCUUGCCUCCUCCUCCAAAAAGGUUGGCCGGGUUGCAUGCCAGUCAGAACAACAGCCCCAGCCACCCAGCCACCGACAAGGCCCUCAACGCUCUCUCUCUCCUUGARGAUGAGCUGCUGUCCUUAGGCCUGAACGAUCCAGUUCCUUCUCUGAACAGCCAAUCAAAACCAAAGCUGAAUGAAAUAGCGAAUCCGUGGACCUCCUUACAGGCUGCUGACCCGCCAGGCCUAGUAUUUCCCCCAGUCCAGCCAGCGCCAGCCCCCGCCACGGCCCCCGCCACCCACAGCCUCCAGGACCUCCAAGACAUGGCCAGUCUGGACUUUGGAGAGCCAAAGAGUUUGCGUGUUGGCGGCGGAUUCGGGAUGGCAGCCUCUAUGGGGGCCGUAGUACCACCCUCCUUGGGGGCUAUGGUACCCCAGGUCCCCUUCUCCUCGACRUCCCUCCUCCCUGGCCCCAUGCCUGGCUCCCCUGCGGUGUCCCACACCAAAGCCCAGACGCUGAGCUCUGCCCCGGGCAGCCCCCUGUUCAGCUCCCUCUCCCCCUUCCACCACUCCUCCUUCCAGGGGGGCAGCCCAGCCAGGGGGCUAGGACCGGAGGCCUCCCUGGGCAACGUGCACGUCCCCCUGGAGGCCAUCAGACCCAGUAAAGGGCUCCCUGUAACAGCCUAUGAUAAGGACGGGGUGCGUGUGCUGUUGAACUUUGCCUCAGACUGUCCCCCUUGCAGACCAGACGUGCUGGUAUUAGUGGUGUCCAUGCUGAACACUGCACCACUGCCCGUUCAGAACGUGGUCCUUCAGGCCGCCGUUCCCAAGUCCAUGAAGGUGAAGCUGCAGCCUCCGUCAGGAACAGAGCUGCCUCCCUUUAACCCCAUCCUUCCCCCGGCCUCCAUCACACAGGUCAUGCUGCUGGCCAAUCCCCUGAAGGAGAAGGUCCGUCUGCGCUACAAGCUGGCGUUCACUCUCGGAAACAGCAGUGCUCAGAGGUGGCGAGGUGGACCAGUUCCCCCGCCAGACAGAUGGGGUCACCUAUAGCCACCCAUACACCACAGAGCCGAGCCAGAACGGGCCAAACCAACACUCCAUGAUGGGGGUGUUAACCACACAUACCCCAGAGAGAGAGAGAGAGAGAGAGCAAGAGAGAGGAGAAUAGGGUGGGAGAACUGUGCUGCAAUGUUACAGUACCAACAUAGUGCUGCCUACCAGCCAACCAUUCUGUUUCUUUUAGAUUGUUUUGAUAUUUACCGUUUUUGUAAUUGCCCAGUUGCUAUUGAGGCAAUUGUAACUUUGUAAGCAUAAUAUAGCAUACAUGGCAUACAUUGAAGUUUAAGCCAGGUUUACAAUAGCUUCCAGAGCUUGUAUUGAUAUUAUUCCAGGACUGCAUCUCAACUGAAGGGUUACAAGUGCUUUUUCCAUGUUUCAGAAAUUGAUACAAAGAUGCACCAAGUGUCACUCUUUAUUUGUUAUUAAGUAUGUUCAUUAACUGAGAACAUCUACAAGGUAUUUUAGCAGGCAGCCAGUUGUCCCUUAUACAGCACUGCAGGACAUUUCCUAACAAACGUAGUCCCGCCCACAAGACUUGCUGGCAAAGAAAUAUAAUUAACACUACAU